CCAGGACCAAGACACACCCCCACUUCCCCGACUUCCUUUCCCAGGACGCCGCAAUUCCACCAUUAAGAAAGGGGGAUUCCGGUCCGAGUUGAUGGGCCAAUGUAACACUCGGUCCUCAAGCAGCCGAACGCUCCAUGCUAGCGUUGGGGAAUACUCCCUGCAUCACGGGCUGGGCUUCGUUGUGCCGGAUCUUGGGAACGGGGACGAGUUCCGAUAGGCACGCAUAUUGCGAGCGGCCGGGGUGCCCCGGAUCGUCGUUUGUGCCGGCAGUAUACGAGAUGCAGGUCCAAGGUGCCUCUCCGCACGCCAUGGCGUCCUCGGUCUUGUUGGAGGAUGGAUUGCGUUUUACUGUGUAUAUAAAGAUAAGGAUCAAUACAUACAUGAUGAGAUUUUGAAGGUGCGAUUAGACUGCGAGGUGACCUUGGAUCGUGUGUUGGAACUACCUUCGUUCCUCGUUGACACGAUGCAUCUGAAGCUGUCUGUGUUAGCUAGCACCUUUGCGUGCGCGGCCUCUUUAGCUGCCGCUGUUGAUAUCUCCGUAAAGUCAACCGGUGGUAAUGCCACCAAUGGCCAUCAAUAUGGCUUCCUACAUGAAGACAUCAACAACUCGGGCGACGGCGGUCUCUACGCUGAGCUAAUCCGCAACCGAGCCUUCCAGAUCAGUGAACGCUUCCCAGCUUCACUCGACGGAUGGCAUUCCGUGAACGGCGCCAAGCUAUCGUUGAAAAACCUCAGCCCGCCGCUAUCCGACGUCCUGGUCACGUCCCUGAAUGUUGCUGCUCCUGAGGGACAAGGCCAAGUAGGAUUUCUAAAUGACGGGUACUGGGGCAUUGACGUCAAGGCUCGCAGGAAAUACAGCGGUUCGUUCUGGGUCAAGGGCGCGUAUUCUGGCCAAUUUACUGCCUCGCUGCAGUCGAACAUCACGGGCCAGAUUUUUGGGAGCGUGAAAGUCGAGUCCCAGUCUACCGCCGAUCAGUGGACGGAACAUAACUUCGAGUUGACUCCCUCGCAGGACGCGCCGAAUUCUAAUAAUACGUUUGCCAUCACGUUUGAUGCCUCGGGCGCGGAGGCAGGGUCGCUUGACUUCAAUCUCAUUAGUCUCUUCCCUCCUACAUUUAAAGGACGGGAAAAUGGGAUGCGUGUCGACAUCGCAGAGGCAUUGGAACAACUUCACCCUACCCUCUUCCGUAUUCCGGGUGGCAAUAUGCUCGAAGGCUUGACAAACAGGACAUGGUGGGACUGGAAGAACACACUCGGCCCCCUGAAGAACCGACCCGGCUUCACGGGUGUAUGGGGAUACCAACAAACCAACGGCUUGGGGUUACUUGAAUACCUAGAGUUUGCAGAGGACUUGGGAAUGGAGAUUGUCCUUGGCGUCUACGACGGCCUCUCCCUCAACGGAGACAUCACACCGCAAGAAGACUUCCAAUUCUUCAUCGACGACGCCCUCGACCAAAUCGAAUUCGUCCGCGGACCCGCCGACUCCAAAUGGGGCUCCGUCCGCGUCCAGCUAGGGCACCCGGAGCCCUGGAAGCUAGAAUACGUAGAGAUCGGCAACGAAGACUGGCUUGCCGGGGCACCGAAGGGUUGGGACACGUUCAAAAAGUACCGGUUUCCGCUGUUCCUCGAGGCCAUUAACAAGGCGUACCCGGAUAUCCAAGUUAUCUCCUCGGGAUCGGUUUACGACGGAUACGACAUCCCGGCGCCAGGAGCUGGCGACUACCAUGUGUAUGCUGAGCCGGACACGCUUGUUGCUGAGUUUUCGAAGUUCGAUAACGUGAAACAACCGCAUAUCAUUGGCGAGAUGGCGGCGGUCCAUCCGAAUGGUGGUUCUGGCUGGGAUGGGCCGCAACAGCCGUUUCCCUGGUGGGGAGGCGCCGUUGGUGAAGCCGUUUCACUCAUCGGCUACGAGCGCAAUGCGGACAGAAUCAUCGGAGCAGCAUAUGCACCGAUCAUUCGGAAUAUGAACCGUUGGCAGUGGGAAAUCACGGCAAUACAGUUCACUGCUGACAAGGUUACUCGAUCUACGUCUUGGUACGUAUGGGAGCUUAUGGCGGCACAUCUCCUGACAGAGACACUGCCGGCAACUUCGCAGUUUGAUCCGCUCUACUACGUGGCUGGAAAGAACGAUAAGACCGGAGGACACAUUUUCAAAGCAGCAGUCUAUAACUCAACAGACGGUGCUGAUGUCCCUGUCAAACUAUCUUUCGAGGGUGUUAAACAGGGAACGACUGCCGAGUUAACCAUCCUCACGGGACCGAAAGAUCCAUAUGGUAUCAAUGACCCGGCCACCGGCAUUAAUGUUGUGAAGACUAGUAAGAAGACGAUACGAUCCGACGAGACCGGUAGUUUUCAAUUUUUGUUACCCAACUUGAGCAUUGCUGUCUUGGAUACGACCCCUCCGAAGUCUCGCCGCUGGAAUAGGGCAGCAGGAAAGGGUUGAUCUUCUGAGUUAUCUCGGCCAUCAAUAUGUUAGAUUAUGACAUAUAAUAUAAAUAAUAUCUGCUGGCAAUUCUUGUUAAAUCAGAGACAAUUCUACCGUUGGCAUGAUCAAUAAAGGAUGAAGUAACAUAAUUUACGUGGAUUAAGAGGCUCUUAGAAAUUGGAGGCUCGGCGAAUUCGACUCGUUGGUUCCUAUUGGUUAAUACCACUAGGAUAGCGAAUGGUUCUGGUUCCGUAAUGAUGUGGUUGCCAGUCAUAGGAGAGCCUCGAGGAUAUGUAUCUCGAGU